UAGGUACCUCACGUCCGCAUCCGCUCUCAGUGAGGGACAUCAUGGCGGCGUUAGGCAGACUGUCUGGCAUCCUCGGUCGUACUGUGGCAAGCCGUGGGCGCCUGUAUUCGGCGGCGGCUCAUGCUGAGCAUGGAGAUGCAGCUCGCACAUGGAAGAUCCUGUUCUUUGUGGUGGCGCUGCCUGGCGUGGCCGUGUGCAUGCUGAACGUGUUCCUGAAGGCGCAGCACCACGAGCCUCCUCCAGAGUUCGUAGCCUACGAGCACCUGCGGAUCCGGAGCAAGAAGUUUCCUUGGGGUGAUGGAGAGAAGAGCCUUUUCCACAACCCACAUGUGAAUCCUCUCCCCACUGGCUACGAAGAAUCGGAGCAUUCUGAGCAUUAGACUGUGGACACCUUGUUGUCUGGACCAGUGUGUUUUAUGGGCCCACAUAAUAUGCAGGGAUCAUGCUAUUCUAUUUAAUGCUGUAAAUGCCCUCCUUCCUUCCGCAGCCGUUGCAAAAAUUGUCUAAAUAAAGUUUAUGGUUUGACCUCCAAAAAAAAAA